GGAAGAACUAAAAGAAUCGGCCGUUUCCUAUGCGCUAGCCAAUGGUAUUCUUCAUGGAGAGAUUCUGAAUGGCAAACAAUACCAAACGCAUAUGCCCAUCUCUCUCUUUCCGUUUGUGUUGCCGAAGAGUAGCUAUGAGAACGGUUUGGUUCUGAACGCUCUAUUUCAUGAAUUGUUGCUUCAAAUCUGUAAAAAUCCUGAGUGGUUAUUUGAGCAGCUAAAAGAUAUGUCCGAUGACUACACUGCACAUCUCGUGGAUAUCGCCAAGCGCGUCCUCCGCAGCCCCACCUACCAGCCCGUCAUAUGCGGUCUAAUCCGCUCGGACUACAUGAUCGACGGCGAGACGAGCCAGAUGCUUCAGAUCGAGCUGAACACCAUUUCCUGCUCGUUCCCGGGCGUGGAAGAGAAACUCACCGCCAUGCAUCGCUUCCUUCUCUCCUCCCACCCCGAGUCGCUUCCGUCGAUCGCCGAAUUCCUUCACAUUCCUCUCUCCGACAUCCACUCCUUCAUCCAAUCCCCUUCCUUCAACCAAACGCUCCGCCGGACCGCCGCGAGCUUCGCCGCCGCCGUCGAUUUUUACCGAUCGCUCUACCACCCCGACGAGGCGUGCUUUCUACUUGUUAGCCAGGAAAACGAGAACAACAACUCGGACCAGUUCUGUAUCACGCUCUUGCUGGAGGAGGUGUAUCAUGUCCGAUGCAUCUACCAAACACAUACGCAGCUGAUCGCGUCGAUGACCGAUACGGACGGUGUACUGCGCGUCCAUGGCCAUGAAAUCGCCGUAGUCUACUAUCGUAGCGGAUACACUCCAUCGGACUACCCGACGCCUGCGCAGUGGGAAAUUCGCGAGCGACUCGAAGCUGCUCGCUGCAUUAAGUGUCCCAACGUGCUGCUCCAUCUGAUUGGUUGCAAGAAAAUCCAGCAGCAGCUGAGUCUCCCUGGGUUUAUUGAACCGUUUUUUGACGAUGUUGAGAAAGCGAAACGCCUUCGCUCCUGCUUCGUUCCGAUGUUUCCCGCCAAUUUGGUGGUCGAAGGGCAGCCCGAAGGACUCUUCCAGGAGGUGUGCAACAACCCCUUGGAGUGGGUGUUGAAGCCGCAGCGUGAAGGAGGCGGUUAUAACGUUUGGGGAGAUGACAUUGUGAAGAUGCUCAAGAAAGGAGAUUUAAAUGAAUUGAAUUCGAUGAUUCUGAUGAAACGAAUUUUCCCGAAGGCCAACGAUGCUUUUCAUGUAAGAGAGUCGGUGUGCUGCAAACGCUCUUCUUUGAACGAAAUCGGAUUCUAUUCGUCGUUGCUGUUCGAUACGAGAGACAGCAGAAUGAUUCGGACCGAUGAUAUUGGCAUUCUGGUCCGAACGAAGAAUGCAGAAUCGUUUGAGGGAGGCGUGAGCGCUGGAUACGCUGUAAUGAACUCGCCGAUCCUUUCGAGCCUUUGGUUUGUUUGUUGA